GUCAGUCACAUCAGGCAGUCAGAGCAAGAGAGAGGAGCUGGGAGUCAGACAGACGGGGAUAUCAUCAUCGCUGCUCUCAUUUGACACAAGUGGGAACACAAGCAGUUAAACAGGGGCUGUCCUCUUCUGCCACACUAAUUUGGUCAGGGAAUUUGAGCAGAGUCUACUGAUUGGAAAUGGACUUCAUCCUGCCACCCACACUGCCAGCUGGGGGUAUCCCAUGGGAGAAGGUUUUGCCACCUCUUAUUCCUCGCCUGAAUGGGACCUAUGGGCAAUAUAAUUGGUCCCCGAAACUACUGAUUCCAGAGACUGAUAAUACCUGCUCUGCAGAGGUGACUUGUGAUGACAACGGUUUUACGGUUCAAGUUGAUGUAAAGCACUUCAAUCCAGAGGACCUCAUGGUCAAAGUGAUCGGAGACUUUGUAGAAGUGCAAGGAAAGCAUGAAGAAAAAAAGAAGGAUGGUCCAGGGGUUACAUCACGGCAGUUUAAUCGCCGCUACCGAAUCCCAAAGGGAGUAGACACUAUGGCUUUAGAGUCAGCCGUCUCUCCAGAUGGCAUCCUCAUCAUAUCCGCACCGAUGCUACAGGACUCCAGAACCCUGAUCUAAUCGCAUUGAUACCAAACAUUCAAAGCUCUUCCAUAUUCACCAUGUAUGAAAACAACAGAAGCCUUUAAGAAGACACAGGCUCAUACAGAAAUAAAAUGAAGCUCCUUCAAUCACAGCAACACUGAGCACAUGUGCCAAAACACUCAUUUGUUUUGUUCCUGGCACUGUUCAAAUAUUCCCUGCUCUCUGAGGUUUGUAUAUACUGCUCUGCUAUUACUCACCAAUCUUACAUAAUGUUUCAAGGAACCACUAUGUAAAUAUUCUAAAGUUCAAGCUGCUGUUUUUUUUGUGUGUGUGCUACUUUUGUAAAAAGCACUGCAUUGUGAUUGUGAUUAAUGACGCACGCAAACUUAUCUCUGUACUCUUUAAUGUGGAAAUGUUUCUUCAAAAAUGACAAAAUAAACUUUAUUUCUUUAUAAAAAUUAAAAA